AUGAUUAAUAUCAAGCUUCAAAUUCCGAAUGCGAUUAACAAAAUAUAUGAAAUAAGAUUUAAUUAGAAUAAAAAAAUAUCAGAGUUAAUUGAAUGGAUCUAUGAUAACUUCAAUGAGUAUAAAUUUCUGACUAAAACUAGAUUUUUCAAUUUAAAAGAUAAAAAUAAACUAAACUUACACAAUAAAACAAAUGGAUAAAAUUAUGACAAUAUCGAUAAAUAGUUAGGCUCUUGUCUCAAAUAGAACGAUCUGUUGUCGAUUUCUGAAUAAGAAAUUUAAGUAAACCCUAUAAUCCCUGAUUAAACUAAAAUGCUCUCUUUGUUCUUGAAAAAUUAAAAUGACAAUUUAGAAAUCAAAAUAGCAUUUGAUACAACUUUACAAGAAUUGAUGAACUAUUUGAAAGACCGUUAUAGUAUUUCUAACCAUUACAACUUAUAGUUAUUUUAUGAAUAAAAAAACUUAUCUAAUUUAAAUAAAUAAAUGACAUUAAGUGAAUUAAACAUAAAAGAUGGAGGACUAAUAUAUUUUGAAUUUACACUUCCUCAAGUUAAAGGACAAAUAAAAAUUUUCUUAAGAUGUAAUGGGGCCUGUCAUCAGCUCGUCUUCGAUAGAAAUGAAACAUUAAUAACUGUUUCAAGUAUUGCAUUAUAACAGUUUGGAUAUGAAAUGUAAAUUUUCAAAUAUAAAGAAGAAAUGCAGUUGCUUUUGAAUUGUUAAUAAAAGGAGAAUCUUAUAAUAGUGAAGAUAAAAGGAAAUUGACUUUAGCUCAAAUUUAACUUUAGGAUGGAGAUUCAAUUGAAUUAAAACUCAGAUUUUUGGGAGGAAAUAAUAAAAUUUGACUUAUUUAAUAUGAAAAUAACAUAAUAAAUUGAG